CACUCACUUACUCCCUUUUACCUUUUAUCUUUUUCCCAUCUCCAAUGUCUUCUCUUUCAAACCUUCACUUUUCAAUGUUUAUGUGCAGAAGCCUCAGCUCAGCUCUACUUUUCUGUGUUUGUUCCUCUCUCUGACCAAAACCCAUGCUCUAAUUUUGUUCAAACCUUCAAUGGGUUAGCCUUUCUUUCUAAGGAUUUCACUCUAAAUUCUGCUCUCAGUGCCAUUUUCAUCAAAUUCCUCAUUAUUUGGAUUUAUUGCAGUGCUACUGGCUCUUUUCCUUGUCAUUCCAUCAACUGGUUGAUUUACUUUCACUAUUUGUAUCACUAGGUGAGCCAUAUAAUGGAGCAAACAAGACACAAUAGGAGGAUCAACUGCUCUGGUUCGACCCCAUCCGAGGAAUCAGCGCUGGAUCUUGAAAGAAAUUGCUGCAGUCACUCCGAUUUACCUUCUUUCAGCUCACCUACACUUCAGCCAUUUGCAUCUGCUGGACAGCAUUUUGGGUUCAAUACUGCUUACUUUUCAUGGCCUACCCCAAUCCGGUUAAGCGUUGGUACGGAGGAAAGGGCAAAUUAUUUUGCAAAUCUUCAGAAAGGGGUGCUACCAGAUAUCCUUCAUCCUUUACCAAAAGGGCAGCGGGCAAACACAUUACUCGAACUCAUGACAAUAAGAGCCUUCCAUAGCAAGAUCCUGCGUUGUUACAGUCUUGGAACGGCGAUUGGAUUCCGUAUUCGAAAGGGUGUACUGACUGAUAUUCCUGCUAUUCUUGUUUUUGUUUCCAGGAAAGUUCACAAGCAAUGGCUUAGUCCUAUCCAAUGCCUGCCCACUGCUCUGGAGGGGCCAGGUGGUGUCUGGUGUGAUGUGGAUGUUGUAGAAUUCUCAUAUUUUGGUGCACCCAACCCUGCACCUAAAGAACAGUUGUACACUGAAAUUGUUGAUGAUCUGCGUGGCUCUGAUCCAUGCAUUGGCUCUGGUUCUCAGGUGGCCAGUCAAGAGACCUAUGGAACCUUGGGCGCUAUAGUAAGAAGUCAAACAGGCGGUCGACAAGUUGGUUUUCUCACAAACCGUCAUGUUGCAGUUGAUUUAGAUUAUCCUAAUCAGAAAAUGUUUCACCCUCUUCCACCGACACUUGGGCCUGGGGUGUAUCUUGGUGCUGUGGAGAGAGCUACUUCAUUCAUCACUGACGAGCUUUGGUAUGGAAUUUUUGCUGGAAUAAACCCAGAGACGUUUGUCAGGGCAGACGGGGCAUUUAUUCCUUUUGCUGAUGAUUUUGACAUGUCAACUGUCACUACGUCUGUAAAAGGUGUGGGACAGGUCGGUGAUGUGAAGUUUAUCGACUUGCAAUCACCUAUCAGUACUCUCAUAGGGAAGCAGGUGGUGAAAGUUGGAAGAAGUUCUGGCUUGACUACAGGAACUGUUUUGGCCUAUGCUCUCGAGUACAAUGAUGAGAAAGGGAUAUGCUUCUUAACCGAUUUUCUCGUUGUAGGUGAGAAUCAACAGACUUUCGAUCUCGAAGGAGAUAGUGGAAGCCUCAUCAUUUUAAAGGGCGAGAAUCGAGAUACUUUGCAACCAAUUGGGAUUAUAUGGGGUGGAACUGCUAACCGAGGUCGGCUUAAGUUAAAAGUCGGCCAACCUCCUGAGAAUUGGACUAGUGGUGUUGAUCUUGGGCGCCUUCUCAAUCUGCUUGAACUUGAUCUAAUCACAAGUGAUGAAGGGCUCAAAGCGGCAGUGCAAGAGCAAAUAACUGUAUCUGCAACCGUAAUCGGGUCAAUUGUUGGAGACUCCUCUCCUCCCGAUACAACACUGCCAAAGGAGAAGAGUGAAGAGAAGUCUGAGCAGUUGGGUUUUCAGAUCCAGCAUAUGCCUACAGAAGUAGAACCUUCAGCUAAAGACCGGCCACUCCUGGAGACCGAGUUUCAUCUUGAACCAGGGAUGAACAGGGCUCCCAGUGUGGAACAUCAGUUCAUUCCAAGCCUUUUCAGUUGCUCUCCCUCUCAUCAAAACAGCACUUUGGAUCGUGCUGUUUCCCAAAACCUAUCUUUGCUUCGAAGCGACUGCGAAGACCUGUGUGUUUCCUUGCAAUUGGGUGACCAUGAAGCCAAGAGACGACGGUCGGAUGCUUCUGUUUCCAUGGAAGAACUGAAAUAGAUCGUCCGUGUUAGUACGACUAUUGAGAAAUGCACAUUUUUCUGCAUCACUAUGGCUGUAUGUUGAGAUUUUCGGGUCUCUUUCUCUUUUUUCCCCACUAUGUUUCAUUGUAAAUUCACAUGAACUCCGAAAGAAGGUAUAUCUAACUGGUGCCCAAACUGAAAUAACUGUAUUUUGAGCUGUAUGCAUUUCAGUGAGCUUAAAGUUGGAAGCAAUCUUUGCUAGUCUUUGCUUUGGACGUUCA